AUGUCGAAAGUUCUGCAAGAACUUAAUGAUGAGGAAUUGCAAUACAUCAUCAAUAAAUUGGAAAGACAUUUACCUCGCUUGAUUAAAGAUUUGUAUUUCAUAUUAACAGCGCAACGAUUGAGAAGUUCAUCCGCUGAUAAUUUUCCUAUCUUUUACAAAUAUUCUGAAGGUUUGAUGGAAAAUUGCACAAUAUUUGGGAUAACAAAAGAAGGUGACCACAAAGUUUGGUUAUUCACGCUUCAAGACAGCUUACAAGAGUUAACUGAAUGUCUGGAAAAAACAAAAUUAAUUAACUGGGAUAAAGUUUCGUUUGUGACUGUUCACAGGGCAAUGACAUUGCCGAUAUUUGAACAUAUCAAGAAGAAUAAUUUGAAAUUGUUGGAUGAUGAACAAGGAAGUUAUUACUGGAUGAUGAAGGAAAAUGCUUUGAAUUUGAAUAUCGAAAUUCCAAAUGGAACUUACGUGAAACGUUUAUCGGACGCUGACAGUCAUUUCUGCAACAAUAUUUGGAACUUCAGAAAAGAAAACUCAGAGCCUUUUGUGAGAUCUUUAAUCAAUGUUAACGGUGGCUACGGUCUUUUCGAUGAAACAAGUAAUGAGCUUUUAUGCUUUGCGUUAAUCAAUGAUCAUUCUGCUGUUGGGCUUCUUACCACAAUUGAAAGAUUUCGAGGCAAGAAAUAUGGACAACUCAUUGCCAAAUAUGUUUCUUUGAAAAUCUCAGAGACUUUGAAUCUUCAUCCAACAGUCUACAUCAACGAUGUUAAUCCAAUAUCGAGAAGAAUAUUUGAACGAAUUGGAUUUCAAAAGAUUGGCGAUAUGAAUUGGAUAGAAGUAAGAAAAAAUUUAAACAAAUAA